AUGAGUCCCGUGAAAGACCUUCUUUCAAACGCCUUGACAGACGGCCAUAAAUAUUGUUGUAAGGGUCAUUUACCACCUACAACUUCGACAAGCGCAUCUUUAGGCCUCCGGCCAUUCAUCCACAAUCGCCUAAACAACGCGAGGAAACAAAUACGGCUACUUGAGAUUUUGCCUGGAGAACCACAGGAGUGGAUUUCAAUCAACAUUCUUACAGUUUCGCUCGCUUCUGCGUCACAACGACAAUAUACUGCUUUAUCCUAUGCUUGGGGCGAGAGAGAAUACUCUGCUCACCUGACUGUGGCCGGUGACAAGGUCUUUUCUGUUUCAAGGCAUGUCGAGUCUGCUCUAAAAAAGCUUCGGUACCGUGACCGUCAUCGCCUUGUCUGGAUCGAUGCGCUUUCCAUAUGCCAGUCGGAUCCGGAAGAACGCGGGCGACAAGUUCUUCUUAUGCGCGACAUAUAUACCGGUGCCCAGGAAGUGAUCGUCUGGUUAGGUGAAAGCGAUCAUUCUGGCUCUAGAGCGUUCCAGCUUUUGACGGACUUCGGAUCCCUGCCCGCUGUACGCUUACUAGACAACACAAUCGCUGAGAGUAGAAAUGAGCAAGAGCGCGCAUGGAUAGAUUCUUAUAACCGCAUUUCGCUUUGUCAGACUGACGUUCUAGCUCUUGUUCACUUCUUUGCCAACUCGUGGUUUAACCGAGUCUGGAUCCUUCAAGAAGCUGCUCUCCCUAAGCCGGAGAACAUUGUGUUUAUGUCUUCUUCGUCUUCGCUCAGUUGGUUUGUCCUGGAAAAAGCCAUCAACGCCCUCGUAACUAAAGGCGUUGCAUCAGAAAGCCCUAAAGAGAACCUCGAAGCUUUAUUCCAUGGCAUCCAUCGAGCAAAUGUCGUGCUUUCAGCAAAGAAACAGACGGCUAUCGGACUGUUUCAUCUCGGGCAGGCAUCAGAAUGUACCGAUCCGAAGGACAAAGUGUACGGCAUGCUUGGCCUGAUGGAAGUUGUGGAAGGGGAUCUCAAAAUCACACCCGACUAUGGGAAUUCACUAAGUGAAGUUUAUCGAGAUUUGGUCUGGAAGAUGAUAUGCCAUCAGAAACGCGCGGACAUUCUUGCGAACUUCGAGCUGGCGCAGACCGUCUCCGAAGAAUCCACUUGGGCAUCGCCUGUACCAAGACGAACAGUCGGCAUGCUUCGGGAUGCGGCCGAUGGCUGGACUCGAUCGGAAGCGAGACUGUUAGCCCCCGGAGUUCUAAGAGUGGCCGGAGUGUGCGUCGGGACCGUCAAGAAUGCAACACCCUUCCCCCAAACCAUUUCCCGCGCAGUUGAGCUGUUUGCCCACGAAGUGACGAAGAAUUUGUCCACAUGCGGCACACAGGGUCGACGCCCUGAAGAUAAUAACAGUGCCGAGUUUGAGGCUUACUGCACCACAAUCGUUGCUGGCCUUGUUGCGGAAGCAUGCUCGCAGCCGAAUGCGCUCCCACUUCAAAAUGUCGUGGAUUGUGUAAAUUAUUAUUUGCGCGUGCUCUGCACAGGAGACCAGCAAGCUGACGAGCCUCUUCUGCGUUCACUCAAGCAAUUCUCUUUCGCCUUCUUGAAUGCUUGUGAGGGUCGCACGUUCAUAACGACCUCUGACGGCCACAUGGGUUUAGGACCACCGGAGGCCAGGCGGGGAGACGAUAUCGUCGUAGUUCUAGGAUGCAGACAGCAUCUCGUCGCCCGCAAGGUGCCUGGUGGAUAUCGGCUUGUUGGUGAAUGCUACAUCUAUGGUUUCCAACACGGGGAAGGUUUAUUUGGCGAGCUUCCAAGCGGUUGGCGGCGCAAAAUUGGAAAGAAUCAAAUCCUACAUCAAUACGUCAAUGACGCAACUGGAGAAACAACGGAAAUUGAUCCACGUUUACGCCGUUUAGUGAGACGUGAAAGCCAGUUGCGAUUGAAAUGGAUUGGCACGGCUCCUCAUUACCCAUUAUUAACCGCAAAACAUCUGCAAAAGCACGGAGUCCAAAUCGUGAAGUUCGACCUUAUCUAA